GUCCUAUGGUAGACACAAAGUUUGUGUUGUAUGAAAUUAUACAGAAGUGAUACAUAAAUAAAUAAUUUAUUGUCUAAUAUUAACAGGCAACAAAUUUUAUGGCUUAAAUAAUUUUUGAGUCUGGAUAUUUAGAUAAUGUUGGUGUUAUCGAAUGAAAAUCACGUGUAAUAUGAAAAGAAUAGACGUUUCGAACGCAAUUAUGGCCUACGACUAUUAGGCUGUCAGACAUCUGUAACAGUCAUCGAAGCCAAAAAGAACGUAGCAGCCUCUUUCAAUAUCAAUUUUAGCGGUCGACAUCUGCUACUUUUAUAAUUGAUUAAAUAUAUAUUUAAAAUGGCUUUUGGAGACUUGAAAACUGAAAAAGGUAUAAAGGAGCUUAAUAGUUUCUUGGAAGACAAAAGUUACAUUAGUGGAUACCAAUUGAGUCAAGCUGAUCUUGAUACGUUCAGUCAAGUUUCAAAAGUUCCUGGAGUCAAUUUACCACAUGCAUUAAGGUGGUACAAUCAUGUAAAAUCUUAUUCGGCCGAAGAACUCAAAUCUCUUGGAAUUACUGGUGCUAGUCCCUUAAAAUCAGCUCCAACUACUACAACUUCUGCUAACGAUGAUGAUGAUGAUGUAGACUUAUUCGCUUCUGAUGAAGAAGAAGAUGCGGAAGCAGCAAAGGUUCGUGAAGAAAGAUUGAAAGCUUAUGCUGAAAAGAAAUCUAAAAAGCCAGAACUAAUUGCAAAAUCCAGUAUAGUACUGGAUGUAAAACCUUGGGAUGAUGAGACUGAUAUGAAAGAGCUGGAAAAAGUGACAAGAUCUAUUGAAAUGGAUGGGUUGGUAUGGGGUGCAUCAAAGUUAAUGCCAGUUGGCUAUGGUAUCAAUAAACUUCAGAUUAUGUGUGUUGUGGAAGAUGCCAAGGUAUCUGUCGAUGAGUUAGUAGAAGAGAUUGAGAAAUUUGAAGAUUUUGUUCAAUCUGUCGAUAUUGCAGCCUUCAACAAAAUUUAAAACAAUACAAUUUUGUACAGCAUGAUGAAGUAAUAUAAUAUUUCUGACA